AUGGGGCGGCGGCCGGCGGAUUACCGGCGGCUAGCUAGAAGGAGAUUAUCGAGUUGGAUAUGGCGUAUCCUUGUGAAAUUGCUUAGAAGAUUUACUCUGAUGUUUCUUGAGUUGCUUAGUGCGAGUGCAAAAGCUCCUAAAAACAGAGCAUUUCUUGUUUCCCGAUGCGAGAGAGACACAAGAACCGAGGAGAUAUCUCCUCCCCGUUUAAACUUCACGGAUGAGGUAACAAGUGCUUCCUCGUUCUCUAGGCAGUUAGCAGAGCAAAUGACGCUUGCCAAGGCUUAUGUUUUUAUAGCCAAAGAGCACAAUAAUCUUCAUUUAGCUUGGGAAUUGAGUUCUAAGAUCAGAAGUUGUCAGCUUUUGCUCUCAAAAGCAGCAAUGAGAGGACAACCUAUUUUAUUAGAUGAGGCAAAAUCGAUUAUUAGUGGUCUAUCAGCUCUUAUCUACAAGGCUCAAGAUGCACAUUACGACAUAGCCACCACAAUGAUGACUAUGAAAUCUCACAUACAAGCCCUUGAAGAGCGUGCAAACGCAGCUACCGUUCAAACCACAAUAUUUGGGCAGUCGGCUGCCGAGGCACUACCAAAAAAUCUCCACUGUUUGAUGAUCAAGCUCACAUCUGAUUGGUUAACCGAGCCAUCACGCCAUGAACUGGCAGAUGAGAACAGAAACUCACCCAGACUAGUUGACAACAACCUCUACCAUUUCUGUAUAUUCACGGAUAAUGUGAUAGCUGCCUCGGUGGUUGUUAAUUCAACUGUCUCCAAUGCUGAUCACCCAAAACAGCUUGUUUUCCACAUAGUGACAAACCGAGUGAGCUACAAAGCUAUGCAGGCUUGGUUUCUAACUAAUGACUUCAAGGGCUCAGCUCUAGAGAUUAGGAGCAUCGAGGAGUUUUCUUGGUUGAAUGCUUCAUAUGCUCCUGUUGUCAAGCAACUUCUGGAUACAGAUGCAAGAGCUUUCUAUUUCGGGGAACAUACAAGUCAAGAUACAAAUUCCAAUUCCGAGCCAAAAGUGAGGAACCCAAAGUACUUGUCAUUGCUGAAUCAUCUAAGAUUCUACAUCCCUGAGAUCUAUCCGCAGCUAGAAAAGAUUGUUUUUCUAGAUGACGAUGUUGUUGUUCAGAAAGAUUUGACUCCACUCUUCUCCUUGGAUCUGCACGGGAACGUCAAUGGAGCUGUGGAAACAUGUCUUGAAGCCUUUCACCGUUAUUACAAGUACCUAAACUUCUCGAACCCACUCAUCAGCUCAAAGUUCGACCCACAAGCAUGUGGAUGGGCUUUUGGUAUGAACGUUUUCGACCUGAUCGCCUGGAGGAAGGCUAAUGUGACUGCUCGGUACCAUUACUGGCAAGAGCAGAACAGAGAACGAACGCUUUGGAAACUCGGGACUCUCCCUCCAGGUCUAUUGGCUUUCUAUGGUCUGACGGAGCCACUAGACCGAAGAUGGCAUGUCUUAGGUUUAGGUUACGAUGUGAACAUUGAUAAUCGUUUGAUCGAAACAGCAGCUGUUAUUCACUAUAAUGGCAACAUGAAGCCUUGGUUAAAGCUGGCUAUUGGUAGGUAUAAACCUUUCUGGUUAAAGUUUUUGAAUUCGAGCCAUCCUUAUUUACAAGAUUGUGUCACAGCUUAA